CGGAGCGCAUGCGCGAUGCGCGCCCGACGCAGCACGUCUUCCCGAGUCGCCGGCGCUGCUGUCGCGGGGUCCCUGAACCGCGGGCGGCCCCGGCUCCCUGCGCUCGGCCAUGGCCCCCCCGCUCCGGUGCAGGCUCCCGAGGUCGCUGCCGCCGUGGCUGCUGCUGCUGAGCGUGGCGCUGCUGGGUUUCCAGGCCCGCGCCGAGCCCGCCGCCGGGAGCGCCGUCCCCGCGCAAAGCCGUCCGUGCGUGGACUGCCACGCGUUCGAAUUCAUGCAGCGCGCCCUGCAGGACCUUCGGAAGACGGCCUACAGCCUGGACUCGAGGACGGAGACCCUCCUGCUGCAGGCCGAGCGCCGGGCCCUGUGUGCCUGCUGGCCUGCCGGGCGCUGAGGAUCCUCAGACACCGCUGUUCCUCAUCAAUAAACACCCGGCCCAGCA